AUGGUUCAUGAACCUGCAGUUCUGAUCGAGGGAGUUCUGUUCCGUGCACGUUACCUCGGGUCAACCCAAAUGAUGUGUGAAAGUCGUGGCAGCAAAGCGGCGAGGAUGGCACAGGCUCAAGAAGCUGUGGCGAGAGUGAAGGUGGCUCCUGAAGGAGAGAUACAGCCCAGUACUGAGAUUGAUUUGUUUAUUUCGACUGAGAAGAUUAUGGUCCUCAACACUGAUCUCCAGGUGAGUGCUUACUAG